UGGGGUGAGGAGGAGCGGCCUCAGUCCCGCCUACCUUCCCGCCGCUUUCGGUACCGGCGCAGGCCUCGCCCGGGGGGUCCGAAUCUCUGGCCGCUCGGCGCGGAACCAUGGCGCAGCGGAGGGCGGCGGAGCGCGGGCCUUGCCGAGGGGCGGCGGAGAGCGCCAGGCACCAGCGGCAGCUUCUAGAAGGGAAAGCUCAGGCAGAAGGCGGAUCAGCUCGUACAUCACUUCUUAUUUUAGUGUCCAUCUUCUUAUCAGCUGCUUUCCUUAUGUUCCUGGUAUAUAAAAAUUUCCCACAACUUAGUGAAGAAGAAAGAGAAUGUAUAAAGGUUCCUAGAGAUAUGGAUGAUGCAAAGGCCUUGGGAAAAGUCUUGUCCAAGUAUAAGGACACAUUUUACGUUCAAGUGUUAGUGGCUUAUUUUGCCACAUAUGUUUUCUUGCAAACUUUUGCUAUCCCUGGGUCUAUAUUUCUCAGUAUCCUGUCAGGGUUUCUUUAUCCCUUUCCACUGGCCUUAUUUCUUGUGUGUCUGUGCUCAGGACUUGGAGCUUCUUUCUGCUAUAUGCUUUCGUACCUAGUGGGACGUCCGGUCGUAUACAGAUAUUUAACAGAAAAAGCAGUAAAAUGGUCAGAACAGGUUGAAAGACACAGAGAUCACCUCAUUAACUACAUAAUAUUUUUGAGAAUAACACCUUUUCUUCCCAAUUGGUUUAUCAAUAUAACAUCUCCUGUGAUUAAUGUGCCAUUGAAAGUAUUUUUCAUUGGCACUUUUCUAGGUGUGGCACCACCUUCUUUUGUAGCCAUUAAGGCCGGAACGACGCUGUACCAGCUCACCACAGCAGGGGAAGCUGUUUCCUGGAACUCUGUUUUUGUUCUCAUGAUCCUAGCCACCCUCUCCAUCCUACCAGCUCUCUUCCAGAAGAAACUGAAACAGAAGUUUGAGUAAGGAUCAAACUGGACCAGAAUUUCCCAUACUUCAUCUCAGGAUCAGCACUUCUGAUAUUUGUAUAUUUGCUUUUCUAUUGGAUCUUAAGCAAUGAAAGGGGAGGCUCGUAGUUGACAAGAAUGUCUUUAAAUGAACACAUGGCCUAUAAUUGAAGGAACUGUGUUCAGAAAUGUACUGCAUAGAGUUUUGUAACCAAACCACGAGUGUUUUACUUGGGGAAGGUGGGUGUGUGGCCCUCAGGUUGAGGGAAGUGAAAACACAGAUGUAACAUUUUGCUCUGAUUACGUGCAGAGCAAGAAUUGUAAUGUAGACAUAAACUACAGAUAACGCGUUCUAAAACUUGCAGAAAAAACUCAAUUAUUCAGUCCAAUUUUGUAACAUUUUCUGUAGGCUUCCCUGUGAUCUGGUCUGAGCACAUUUCUCAUCCACAAUAUUUCUCAUUUUUUUGCCUUUGGGAGUUCCAAAAUACUAGCAUAAUAUAAUAACGGUGCUCACUCAGAAGCAAAGGUUUUUUGCAGUACUUUAACUACAAUGAUAUUCUCAUCCUGAUUGUUUACUUCUAUUUAUUAGUGCUGUGUGGAUUUAAAUACUUGAACCUACAUCUGCUUUAUUAACUGGAUUAACAAAGGCAAAGUUUCACAUCAUUCCCUCUUGUCCUCUGUAUAAUUUUAUUCUGGGAGAGGACAUAAGUAGGGAGAGAGCAGAUUAGAAUUUUUAUCAUGGGUGGCUGAUGAUUUUGAAGUUCUAAUUUUAAUUUUUUAAAUGUUAAUUAUUUUGCCAAUGUUCCAUUUGUACAGAUUUAUCCUGCCAAUUUAAGAAAACAAUUGUAUGAUUAUAUAAAACUUUCAGUUCUCAAGUAAUUUAAAAAUGUUUAAGCAGUGUAAUACUACCAUUUCUCAAGCAAUAUGUAAAGAGUAUAAAAUUUUCCAUUGCAGCGCAAUUCUCUAGAAACAUCAGGUGCACUAAUUGGUGCAGUUCUUGUUAAAGAGCUGACUCCAAGUAGCGUUCAAAGCAUCACAUAACAGAAGUCUUUUGUGUCAUUGUGUAUACAAUUGAAUGAAUUACUCCAAUGUCUGCCAAGUCACUAACUGGCAAUGGGCAACCAGCUAUGAUUCACCUUUAGGCAGAAGGACAUAUAUUCACUUAAGGUAUAUGAUACCUCCCUUUGUAUGCUUAUAACUGUUGUCGUUUGUUGUAUUGUCAGUGGAAUCCCAUAAAAUGAGGCCCUGAUGAGGAAGGAACUGGGGUGUGCAUUUAAGUUUUAUCCUACCGAAACCAGUGCUGCUCAUGUGCUUUAAGUUGAUGCCCCUAAAGUGUCUUGCUGAAAUGGGAGUUGAGGCAUUAACGUAUGCUCCAAUUGAAGGGUUUAUUUGUCUGUAUCCUCAUGUUAACUCAUCAUAUAAUAAUAGAUUGUUGAGAUGGAAGAGAACAGUUCCAUAAAUGUGAUAAUGUUGAAAGGUACUGGUACCUUUAAAGAGUUUUGUUCUUUUUGUAACAUACGUAUGUUAAUUGACUCCUUCAUUUCAUCACAGUAUUACAUGUAAAUAUAUAGUAAAUAAUAUCGAUACACUAUUUGUUUUUUAUUUAAAUCCGGGCUGCACAGUAAAUGGUAUUUUUUACAUAGGUAGAUAAAGGAAUUCAUAUCACUUUUGUUUGCGAGUUUAUUGUAAGAUCAUUUAGCUUCAGCAAUUGUUUUGUUAUUUAGAAUUUACUCUAAAAGUGUACUUUAUUGGCAUCUAAAACUGAACAGUGAUUAUUUUUAUUGCUGUCGUUCUAAUCUCGGAGGUCAUCUACCCAGGGGAUUUAUUCCAUAGUAAACUUGAGUGUGAAUUUAGCUGUUGUGAGCAAGUGUCUCCUGGACUACUGAAUGUGAAGUUACUGUAGAUUUACAGCCUACUUUUCUGCAUAGUUAAUUUUUCAUGCAGAUGAACUCUCAGAACAAAUUACCUACUACUUAUUGUCUAGUGGCUUUUCUCAAAAUUAGUCUCCAGUUCUGGUCAAUAAAUAGAUGCUGUUGUAAAAUCCCUUCUAUAUAAAAUCCUUGUAUAAAGCCAAUAUUUUGUUGGUACCUUGACAGUAAAGAAGGAACUGAGCUAUGUUUUAAUUUAAUGUGAAUCAUGCUGUCACUUGACAUUUUCACUGAGUUGUAUUUUGCCACGUAGAUGGGAUCAGGCUAUGGUACUGAAAAACCUGUUGUGUUGCAGCCAUAAACUCUGUUCCCAUCGCAGUGGCUAAAAGCCUUAAGACCUUAAAAAGGUUGAAAACAAGGUUCAUUACUUUUGCAAAACCUUAAUGUUUCUUUAACGUGUCCCUUCCGUGUUUAUCUUCAGCUGCUAACGGCCUCAGGCCAUUUCCUACCCCAUGAGGACUACUUCUGAGGGUUGUGAAGAGUGAGGAAGGCCUUGUGAAAAAGGCAAAAAAGCACUGUGCUGUGGAAUACUGCACUAGCCUACAUUUUCCUGUGAUCCAAGUGAUAGCCAUAACAUUUUGACAGGAAAACGGUGGCUACCAUGAAACAAAACGGGGAAAUUGGGAAGAUGUAGCUUUGUUUUUUAAUUGCAAAGAAUUUUGAGCUGUUGGGUUAUGUUUAUCUUUCGGAAUUUUUUGUGAUACCUGCAUGACAUCAUUACUAAAUGUCUCUUGCCAUUUGAUAAUAAAGCUGUUAUAUAAAACAUGAAA